AUGGCUCAAUUCUUCGGAUUUGGUAAAUUUUACAUGGAAAUAGUCGAUUUGAAAUUGAAAGUAGUGAAUGUAAAUUCUCAAGCAAUGUCCGAGUUUGCUGUCGGUGAAAAAUGCGUCUGCAUUUUCGGUGGCAAACCGUAUCCCGCAAAAAUUUCCAAAAUCAAGGAGCACCGAGGAGUCAGAUACUACAUUGUCCACUACGAGGGAUGGGCGAAAACUCGCGACGAGAGACUUCCGAUGGGGACGGAUCGAUUGCAUAAAGGAACGAUCGAGGAGUACAACUGGACGCAUCCGCGAGAGGAAACUCCUCCGGUAGAGGUAUCCAGACCCACUUUCAGUGAGCCCAGCACCGCCAGAAGGAAGAGCACAGGAGCACCGAGAGGACGGAAGAGUACCACGACAUCUGACGGACCUUCUACAUCUACACAGAAUCCAGCGGCGGCAGCUCCAUCCACCUCGACCCAAAAGCCUCGAGGACGGAAGAGUGCUCAGAAGGCGGAAGAAAGUCCAGAAGAUAGUCCACCAUCCUCGUCCGACUCAUCCUCGUCAAAUCCAUUUCGAAAAGGACGGAAAAGUGUUCCGGAGCCAGAUGGGAGUUCAGAUGACAGUUCAGGAGACAUGCCAGCGGCUCCGGCUUCAUCUGCUGCUCCUACGUCAUCCAGAACGCAAACAUCUCGAGGACGGAAGAGUGGUCAGACAUCUCUAGGACCAUCCACGGCAACCCAGGCUCCCCGAGGAAGAAGAAGUGUUCCACAGCCUCCAGAAGAGAAUCCGGAAGUAGAUAGUCCACCGGCCUCGUCCGACUCAUCCUCGCCAACUCCAUUUCGAAAACCUCAAGGACGGAAGAGUGCUCCGAAGCCAGAAGUGAGUUCAGACGAAAGUUCAGGAGACAUGCCAGCGGCUCCAUCUGCUCCUUCGACAUCAUCCCGCACUCAAACACAUCGAGGAAGGAAGUCCUCUUCAGGACCAUCCACGUCAACACAGGCGCCAAGAGGAAGAAGAAGUGUUGCACAGCCUCCAGAAGAUCCGGAAGAAGACACUUCGGCGGCCCCUACUCAGACACCUCGAGGACGGAAAAGUGUUCCGGAGCCACAAGUGAGUUCAGAUGACAGUUCAGGAGACAUGCCAGCGGCUCCAUCUGCUCCUUCGACAUCAUCUCGAACUGGGACACCGCGAGGACGGAAGAGUCAGGCAACUCCAGGACCAUCCACGUCAACUCAGGCUCCCCGAAGAAGGAGAAGCGUUCCACAGCCUCCUGAAGAGGAUCCGGAAGAAGACACACCGGCGGCCCCUACUCAGACACCUCGAGGAAAGAAAAGAGCUCAGAAGCGAGAAGUAAGUCCAGACGAGAGUUCAGGAGAUAUUCCAGCGGCUCCACUGACGUCACCUCGAACUGGGACACCUCGAAAAAGGAAGAUUGUCCAAAAGCAAAGUCCUGCUGGACCAUCCACGUCGACCCAGGCUACCCAGCGUUCAGAAGAGAAUCCAGAAGAGAGUCCAGAAGAGAGUCCAGAAGACAGCCCAUCACCGUCUCCAGGACCAUCCACGUCAACUCAACGCCAAGCCCCCCAGGGAAGAAGAGCUUCUCCCGGACCAUCCACGUCGUCACAAGCCCAGAGACCAAAAUUUGUUGUUGACUUUCCAAUUUGGAUGAAAGGAAUCAUUGGUCACGAUACACGUGAAUUUCUUCAUAAUCAGACGACGAACAAGUUGGUAGUCAGGUUGCAGCCAGAGGGACGGACUGUUGACGAUAUUAUCAAGGAUUACACGGACUCCCUUCGAGUGUCAGACGAAAAUGUGGAACGCAUGGAUGAUGAUAUGCUGGAUUACAAUGACGACGGAACGUCACUCGACAAUUUGAGUCUUGCUCACUGUGCGAAAACGCUCAAGAACCACUUUAACCGUCUUUUCGGCCGCCGCAUCCUCUACAAUUCAGAACGUGAAGAACACGACACAUUGGUGCGAGUUUUCGCAUAUAGAAAGAAAUUGCGUUAUGGGGAUGUUGUAACGGAUCCUUUCCAAUAUGGAUUCCACGCUUCCAAACGUUAUGGAAUUGUUCACUUUGCUCGGAUGCUAUCGAGAUUCGACAAUUUAAUUGAGAGUCUACGUCUUCAUGACGCCAUGAUUCUAUACCUCAACUUGGGAAUCAAGGACCUGAUGGAAUUCCUUGGGAACAAUGUCGGCAGAUACUACGACAGAGAUGCUGACUACGUUCCACCGAGUUACAAUCCCAUCAUGAACAUGGCGACCACCAGAAGCGCCAGAAAAAAUAGGCCAAGUAGACCACGACCGAGAACUAGCUCCGCCUAG